AUCUCACGUUGUCAGAUCAGUGAAUGAAACUCCGGACUCUCUCGACCUCACUUCUUCCCCUCCGACGCUUUCUAGGGUUUCGUUCUUCUUCAAGUGGUGUGUAAAACCAUGGCCGAGGUCAUGAACAUGACCGCCGCCGCCGCCGCCGACGAGUCUUUGGACCGCCGUCGCGAGCGGCAAGAGAAAUCAUCCGAGGAGCAACCUCCUUCAUCGCCACCGCAGCAGCCGGUUGCCGCUCCUCCUCCCUCCAGAAGGCGGGAUAGAGACGAGAGAGAUAGGAAAGACGACCGAGACGCUGAUCGCCCUCCGAACCGACGGGGGGACAAUUAUGAUCGUAACCGCUCUCCGCCUUCGCUGCCGCCGAGGGAGAGAGAUAGAGACAGAGAUAGGGAUUAUAAACGUCGUAGCAGUCUUAGUCCGCCACCGCCUUACAGGGAUCGCAGACACUCGCCUCCUAGACGGUCUCCGCCGCCUCCUUAUAAACGUUCCAGGAGGGAUGAUGGUGGGUACGAAGGAAGAAAGGGAAGCCCUAGAGGAGGUUUCGGGCCUGGCGAUAGGAGGUUUGGUUAUGAUUAUGGUGGUGGAUAUGAGCGUGAUAUGCGUGGCAGGCCUGGAUAUGUUGAUGAUAGAUCUCUUGGCCGGUACAUGGGUCGUUCCUCCGGUGGCUAUCAAGAUUGGGAUUCUAGUCGUGGUGGUCAUGGUGAUGCACUCAAUGCAGGAGCUGGCCAAAGAGAAGGCUUGAUGACAUACAAGCAAUUUAUUCAGGAGCUUGAAGAUGAUAUACUGCCAGCUGAAGCUGAGCGCAGAUAUCAAGAAUACAAGUCAGAGUAUAUUUCAACUCAGAAACAAGCCUUUUUUGAUUCUCAUAAAGAUGAAGAAUGGUUGAGAGACAAAUAUCAUCCUACCAACCUAGUUACUGUCAUCGAAAGGAGGAAUGAACUUGCACAAAGAACUGCAAAGGAGUUUUUGCUUGAUCUGCAAAGUGGAACACUAGAAUUAGGUCCUGGCAUCAGUGCAGCAGCUACAAAUAAAUCAGGGCAGACUAGUGAACCAAAUUCAGACGAUGAAGCAGACACUGAUGGCAAACGGAGGAGGCAUGGCAGAGGACCUGCAAAAGAAAUGGAUCUUAUUUCUGCUGCUCCUAAGGCCCACCCUGUUAGUUCUGAACCAAGACGAAUCCAAAUUGAUAUUGAACAAGCUCAAGCUCUCGUGCGUAAACUUGAUGCUGAAAAAGGAAUAGAAGAAAAUAUUUUAUGUGGCUCUGACAGUGACAAACUAGGUCGGGAUAAGGCACAUGGUGGCUCUUCAGGCCCAGUUAUAAUCAUUCGGGGGUUAACAACUGUCAAAGGCUUGGAGGGUGUUGAGCUACUGGACACGCUUCUCACAUAUCUUUGGCGCAUCCACGGCUUGGAUUACUAUGGAAUGGUUGAGACUAGAGAAGCUAAGGGCCUUCGUCAUGUAAGAGAAGAGGGAAAGAGUUCUAACGUGGGCGGUGGUGCAGAUGAGUGGGAGAAGAAACUUGAUCUGCWUUGGCAAGAGAGAUUGAGUGGUCAAGAUCCAGUGGAAGCAAUGACUGCCAAGGAUAAAAUAGAGGCUUCUGCUCUUGAAGCUUUUGAUCCAUUUGUUCGUAAGAUAAGAGAUGAAAAAUAUGGGUGGAAGUAUGGUUGUGGAGCCAAGGGUUGCACUAAGCUGUUUCAUGCCCCUGAGUUUGUACAUAAACAUCUUAAUUUGAAGCACCCAGAGCUUGUGAUGGAGCUGACUUCAAAAGUGCGUGAAGAGCUGUAUUACCAAAAUUACAUGAAUGAUACAGAUGCUCCUGGUGGGACACCUGUAAUGCAACAAUCACUUCCGAAGGACAAGCCGCAGAGACGUAGGAUGAAUUUAGAGGGUCGGCUGAAGGAUGAUAGAGGUAAUCGUAGGGACCGUGAUAAUUGGGCUAAUGGGGGUGACAGGUUUGAUAGAUCUGAGAACCCACAAUCAAGUGAUUUCCAAUCAACAAAUGAUGGUACCGAUAGCGGAAACCUUGACGAUCCCAUGUUCGAUACUUUUGGUGGACAAGGAAGACAUGUUGCUCCUUUUGCCUCUGAGAUGCCACCACCGGUGCUUAUGCCAGUUCCUGGUGCUGGUCCAUUAGGACCAUUUGUUCCUGCUCCACCUGAAGUUGCAAUGCGAAUGUUGCGGGAACAAGGAGGUCCACCUCCUUUUGAGGGUGGUGGUAGAAAUGGGAGGUCAGGGCCCCAAUUAGGUGGGUCUGCUCCAAUUCUUGCCCUAUCUCAAGGUUUUCGACAGGAUCCUCGUCGGAUACGGAGUUAUCAAGACCUAGAUGCGCCCGAGGACGAAGUUACUGUAAUAGAUUAUAGAAGCUUGUAGAUAUAUUUGGCACCGGCAAAGAUAAAGAGGUCCACCCGUGUUUCUAAGGAGGGGGAUGCAACUCCAGGACUGGUACGAAAUCAAUCAGACUGGCUGCUGUUAGAAAUUCUUCUUGUCACUGAAGAGGUUUGCUUUGUUUCACCCCAUAGUAUGAACUGAACUAUGAGUUGAUCAUAUUCUUGCUGUGGGCAAGUACAAAUACCUUCAUGGGAAUUGUGCAUUUAUCAAUCUCUUUUUGCCUGCUCACUGUGUUGUUAGUGAAGAAUGAAUUCGAAUUCAACUCGAMGUGAAGGCGAGAGAUGUAACCGUAUUGUACGGGACACAGACGACCAAACAGUUUCCCAUCUUUCAAAUUGUUGAACUUAAAUUCUUCUGCAGUUAGGAGUGUGCAUCCCCUUUUUUCUUUUCUUUUAUUGUUAUAGUCGAUUUUGGAUCAAGCAAGAAGUAUUAAUAAGUAUUUGUGGAUAYUAAACCUUGUUUUUAUGAACUUUUUUUCUAACAGUAAAGAUUGUAAUGUUAUGUUAGGAUGUUCUAUUUUUAUAUUCAGAGAAAUAUCCAAUUCCCAGGCGA